AUGAGUCUUGGAGUUCUGGUAAGGGGGUUAAGAGUUAAGGGUAUUCAGUUGGUUCAGAAACUCAGAUACCUUAGACAGAAAAUCCGUUGGUGGAAUAAGAAUGUCUUUGGUUGGGUGGACCUGAAUAUAGCGGCUGGUGUGAGGGUCUUAAAUGACAUUGAAGUUAAUUGGCCGGAGCAUGACGAUGCGUUGCAAGGGGAUCAGAUACUCUUAAGAAAAAAAGCAAUUUCAUAUAUUUGGAGUAACCUGGGAGUUAAGGAGAGCAUGAUUUGGCAAAAGUCAAGAUCUAGAUGGAUCAAGGAGGGAGAUGCCAACUCAAGGUUUUUCAUGCUGUUAUGA